UAUAUAGGGAAAACCCUAACCCCCUUCAGUUUGUCAUUUUCGAGAUUUCGCUGCUACUUAUAGCCAACCGGAGCGCGGCAGCCACCGUCACACCGCCAAACAGCCACCAUGGGUCGUAUGCACAGUCGAGGGAAGGGUAUUUCAGCUUCAGCUCUUCCAUACAAGAGGACUCCACCAAGUUGGCUGAAAAUCUCUGCUCCUGAUGUUGAGGAUAACAUCUGCAAGUUUGCCAAAAAAGGUUUGACACCUUCUCAAAUUGGUGUUAUUCUUCGUGAUUCUCAUGGGAUUGCUCAGGUGAAGAGUGUCACUGGUAGCAAGAUUCUCAGAAUUUUGAAGGCUCAUGGACUUGCUCCCGAGAUUCCCGAGGAUCUCUACCACCUUAUCAAGAAAGCAGUGGCAAUCAGGAAGCAUCUUGAGAGGAACAGGAAAGACAAGGACUCCAAGUUUAGAUUGAUUCUUGUUGAGAGCAGGAUUCAUCGACUUGCUCGCUACUAUAAGAAAACAAAGAAGCUUCCACCAGUCUGGAAGUACGAGUCUACCACCGCGAGUACUCUUGUGGCUUAGAGAUAGAUCAUGGAUUGGGAUUACAAGUUUCUUGGUCAAGUCCCAUUUUCAAAAUUACAGACUUAAGUUGUUUUUGUUUGGCCGGGUUGUUUGAAACUAUGAAUGGAACAAAUUUUGUUUUAUGAGA